AUGGAUCGACGAGUUAGAGGUAGAGAACGUGGGAGAUCAACGAGGCAACACCCUGAGGUUGGUGGUGAUAGGGGACCUGAGGUCAAUCAAGACCAUGGUCAAGGGAGCGUGGCCGGAGAUCCAGUGGCCACCGCGAUUAAUAGAAUAACUGAUGUUUUAGAGCGCAUGACUGAGCACCAAGCCCAUGGAGCGGUGCAUCACCAAGGAGGCCCAAUCGAUACUGAGGAUCGGGCAUUAGAAAGAUUCUUGAAAUUUGGACCUCCUAAGUUCUAUGGAGGCCCAGAACUUGAGGUAGCAGAAGAGAGACAAGUGACUUUUGCAGCAUUCCAGUUUGAGGGAGCUGCUCGUUCCUGGUGGAACCUAAUUAGGGUCAAUUGGGACAGGAACCAUACUCCUAGGACCUCGGCGAACUUCACUCGGGAGUUCAACGCCAAGUUUCUACCCCCUCUUAUCCAAGAGAAAAGAGAGGAUGACUUCAUCAAGUGUAGGCAGGGGACGGAGGGAUUAGCUGCUGUUCGGAUAGACACGUUUGCUGCUGCUGUUGAGAGAGCUCAGAGGGUUGAGGUUGCCAGAGUUCAAGUAAAUUCUUCCAGGCCAAGAAAAGAUUUGGCCCUAGCAGCAGUCGGGAGCCGACUUAUGCAAACGCUUCACCGGCCAAAGAGGGCUGGCCAUACUGAGGACAGAUGCUGGAGGAAAGAAGGAAAGUGCUUGAAGUGCGGAAACAGUAAGCACCAGGUUACCGGUUGUCCAAAAAUACAAGAAAGUGGUACCCCGAUUGCUAGGCAAGCCACUUCUGGAGGAAAUAGGGCGAAAGUUCCUGCCAGGGUGUACGCUAUAGCCGAUCAACCCGUACCUGAUUUCUCGGAGGUUGUGGAAGGUACUCUUCCAAUCUUUUACCGUUUAGCUAGAGUACUAAUUGAUCCUGGCGCAACUCAUUCAUUUGUGAAUCCAACUUUUAUGUCCGAAAUUGAUGAAAAACCUGUUAAGUUACCCUUUGAUCUUGAAGUUAGGACACCCAUGGGUAAUAAAAGUAUAAUCACUAGUCUGGCUUAUAAGAACUGCGAGUUCUGGGUUGGAGAGCGUAAAAUGCUAGUAGACCUAGUCAGUUUGGACAUAAAAAGAUAUGAUGUUAUCAUAGGAAUGGAUUUCUUAACUCAUUACCAUGCUAAGCUAGAUUGUAGAGCAAAAGUGGUGGAAUUUUGGAUUCCCGGGGAAGCAACCCUGAAAUUGGAUGUGAAAGGUAGGUUGGCAUCAUCUGCUAUGAUAUCGGGAGUUCGAGCAAGAAAAAUGUUGUAUAAAGGAGCACAAGGUUUCUUAACCUUCCUGAUUAACGCUCCCAGUGACCAAGUAAAGUUGGAGGAUGUACCAGUGGUAAGGGAAUUUCCAGAUGUGUUUCCCGAAAAAUUAAAAACAUUACCUCCGGAGAGAGAAGUGGAGUUCAAGAUUGAACUAGUGCCGGGGAUGGCCCCGAUUUCUAAAACUCCGUACCGAAUGGCUCCUGCAGAGCUAAAAGAAUUGAAAAUGCAAUUACAGGAUCUAUUGGAGAGAGGUAUUGUUAGAGAAAGUGAUUCGCCAUGGGGGGCACCUGUUCUAUUUGCUAAGAAAAAGGAUGGAAGUUUGAGAUUGUGUAUUGAUUAUCGAGAAUUAAAUGAAGGUACAAUUAAGAAUAAAUACCCGCUACCAUUGAUUGAUAGCUUAUUUGACCAGCUGCAAGGAUCAGUAGUUUUCUCCAAGCUGGAUUUAAGGCAAGGGUACUAUCAGUUGAAAAUUAAGAAGGAAAACAUACCUAAAACUACUUCAAUACAAGAUAUUGACAUUUUGAGUUCGCAGUCAUGCCAUUUGGGUUAA